AUGACUGCCGAGUAUUCUUUACUAGAGCAGCAGACACCAAGGCAAAUAUCUAAAAAAAGAUGGCAUGCUUUAAUCUUGGCCAUUGGGAUUAUCUCUGUUACAUCUUAUUUAAUAUACUUCACUCGGUCAAAUUAUAUUGAUUCAUUUGAAGAGGAGGAGGGAAUGGAUCAAAAUCUAGAUCUAUCGGAUAGCCCAUCAUCAAAUAAAUCACCCACAAACGCUUCUAAUAUUCCCAAUAGAAAUAUCAACUUUACAGUCCCAACGCAGAAAGAACCAUAUUAUAUUGAUUUGGAUAAAUACCCAGUGGAAGAUAACAUGCUCAUUUGGUUUCCUGGAUCAAGGGGAAUGAUAGAGACAGUAACCAUCAAUAAGCUUUUGAAAAAAUCAGUGUCCUGGACAGAGCAGUGGUUAGACCAUACAGCAAAUCCCUCCAGUGACACAUUCGCCUGCGCACGACAGCCUAUUCCUUACCCUAUUCUCCGUCAUAUCGUGGCUGAAUAUGUUCCAUCAAAUGAUUCAGAUGACUUUUUUGAAGAUAACAGUAUCAACUUGAACGAACCUUUUGUUCUUUUGCCCUUUUCCAAUCAGUCAAGUCUUAAUCAAGGCGAUCAGCUGUGCAUAAGGUUGAUCGUGCCUUAUCGACCUAUAGAUGCUGAAGACCCACACCAUUUUCUGUAUAAGCCCUAUCCAAGAAAUAAUCAAGAUUUGACCUACCCCUGGUGGGAUACUGCCAUGACCUGGCUUCAGAACUUGAAAACAAACGCAAGCCUUCCUAUUCAGAUGCAACCUUGGUCAGGCCACAGACUGCUAAGAACAAUGGCAAGAAUGUUGAAUCAUGUUAGCACUAACCUUCCAGAGUGGGCACGUCUAAGGGAAGACGAAUUGUAUGAACGAAUGAGGAUGCGUAUUUAUGAAGCUCAAAUUACUCUUCCUCAGGAAGGUGAAUACAAACUUUUUGCGCUCUUGGAAUUUUUGGAAGGCAGGUACAACUUUGAAUACGGCCCUGUGACACCUUAUGCACCUAUCGAAUUACCUGUCCUACCUACUCAAAAGCUGCUUAUUGGGGAUGGAAAUAAUGAUGACCCUGAGAAGCUCGCAGAGAAAUUGCUGGAUGAGCAUCUACAAUUACCUCUCUGUUCCGGUUCAGAUCAUCCUGGAAGAUGGUUGCCUUGGCCAAAGUCACGUAAACAGGUUCAAGUCUUAGGCCUUACUCGUCAUGACAAAUACUGGGCUCCUUAUAGCUGUAGAUAUCGUCAUAUAACAUAUGAGCAAUUCAAUCGUUGUGUAGCUCACAAAUACAGUCGUGGGAUGGAUAUGUAUGGUGACUCGAACAUCCGUCGAUCACUUAAAAAGUUUAUUAGUCACGGUCAUUGGUGCAAACACUGGGAAAAUCACAUUACGGAGUCUAUUGUUCCUGACGAUCUCUUACCUAAUAUCAACAAGACUUUAACAUCAUCUCUGGACAAGCGUCAGGCUACAUUACCUACACAAACUAUGAAUCAGUCCGAGAUUGGUUACAGCUCCCCUCAAGAAUACAAGUAUUUCAUACCUGAACAGACAAGAAGUUGCUACUGCGAAGAUUACACGGAACCAUUUUGGCAACCCGUGUGGUUUGAUGCGGGUGGACGGCGUGUGAAUGUGGAUAUGAACAAUACAAUUGCUCAAUCGAAACGUCUAGGCCACACAGAAUGGGAUGAUCCCGAGAUUAGGAAGCGUAAUCCUAGAGAUGCCUUUAAAAUUAGCUCAUAUAAAUGGGAUGGCCUUACAUAUCUUAACAAUCCUCCUUGGCAAGCUGCAGUGGAUGGUAAUACUGUAGCUACUGAUGUAGCAGUGUUUUCGCUGGGAAAUUGGGAUGCUGCCUUUUUAGAAUUAGAGCCCUAUCUAAGAGAUGUAGAUCAACUUAUUCUACAAAUCAAAACUCAUUAUGACCUCUCAAGGACUCGUAUUGUCUAUCGUACACCUCAAUUCUAUUGCUGUCGAGUGGACCGCUCGUCUCGUGAUCGACAAGUGAGUGGUCCUCGAGUGGAUGUAUUUGAUGCUGAGGUCAGGCGCAGGUUUGUCUCAGAACUUAAUGCAACUGUCUGGGAUACGAAGAUACUGGGUGAAUCAAAGAUAUGGGAGGAGAAACUGGAAAGCAUUAAUUGUCCUUCAAAUCAUGUAGCAGCUGAUAUUGUUGAUAUUGAAAAUCAAAUAUUUAUGAAUGGCCUUUGUAAUAAUGUGUAA